AUGUUUUUCUGCAACACAACCGCAAUUAAGGACUGGAGCUUCUUUCUGUCUCAGAUUUUGCCACUCGUUAACAAGUCCUCGGGAUUUGUUCACCAGAGCAUCGAUAAAGUGGAAGCCGUUACCACUAGCGUGGUGACCGCGUUAGAACCUGACCUGGACGGGGUGAGCGCCAGCCGGCCGCCGCUGGACUCCAACCACACGUCGGGUCUGGAGCACGUUCUCCAGUACUCUUACUCGGAAAACGACUUGGUGUACACGGACUACAGAACGCCCGCGCGAGAGUCCAUCCCUCUCCCCAAAGCCGUGCUGUACCUGGUAAUGGUCGCGCUCGUGGUGGUCGUCGUGGCUUACGCCAUAGUGGGCCACUUGGUGAAAGACCUAGUGCAUGAAUUUGUUGAAUGGGUGUUUGGGCCACGUUCUGCGAACCGCAGAAGCAAAAGUGAUGUCAGCUGCAUCACUGGCAGUGCCAACGAGAUGAGGGAGCUGCCCCCUACCAUGGAAACAAACUACAUUACCCAUAACCCCUCUAAGUGUCCGGGCAGUCUAAUGCAGACGGAGCUGGUGGUCACCAUUGAUGAAAGCUUCCCAGGUGCUCACGACGCAGGCAGGGGCACCUAGCUACAGACGGGGCUUCUGCCAUCUUGAUUCAGUCCCUUAACACCACGAUGUGGAAAGCGGAAGUAGGUUUGCUUGCAGACAAAUGGACUGUGGAGGAACCGACGCUAAACACACACACACCGUUAAUCACGUACGACAGCCAUGCGAUGCGCGGUCCGAGAGAGAUGAUGAUGAUGAUACGAAGGGUGCAGCGUCUGAAACAGUAAGACCACAGAACUCCCGUGACUAUCAGGCUGCAGCAAAGCAGGUGGACUUUAACGUGGAUUUCCAGGCGGAAUCUUGUGAACGUGUCAUCUUCCUGUCCAUCCUCUUCACAAUUUUUUGGUUGGUUUGGUUUUUAAUGUUCCAGGUUUGUUAUUUGUUGGAGGUUUCUUUCCAAGAUCACCAUGACAGACACACUGUGGUCAGAUUAUGUUUAGAUGCUUUGUGUUUGCCAGUAACCCCAGCAGUGAGGAUGCUCAGAUGAUCCCCCACAUUUAUGUUAUUUAAGUCCUUUAUAUUAACUACACAUUCAUCUUCUAUUGAUUUUACAGAAGCAGAUUCUGUCAGGCAGAAAAACCCUAAAGUACUAAGAUGCAUAUCUAAUUUCCCAGGGGAAU